CUCGCCGCCCCUCCCAUCCUCCUCGCACCCCGGAGCAUGCGCAAUGCGCAGGAGCGCCUGAGGCCUGCUCAGGCAGGCGCUGCCGCCGCUUCGGGCCCUCCAGGUUCGGGGCUUCCGCUGCUGCUGGUGGGUCCCUCGACGCGGAGUCCCAGCCCUGUUGCGGCCGAGGCAGCAAAGAUGAGGAGCUGUAAGAGUCACUUAUGCCCGUGCUAGCAGUGGAGGGAACUGGCCAAGAGAUGUCUUAUCGAGGUAACGAGCGUGACUUCCAGACCUCGGCACGGAGGAUGGGGACCUCUCUGCUUUUCCAGCUGUCAGUCCAUGAACGAGAACUGGACCUGGUCUUCCUAGACCACAGCUAUGCCAAGCCAUGGAGUGCCCACCCGGAUGCCAGCAAUGCCCGUCCCACUCGCCUGCUCUUUGUCACUCCCAGAAGACAUCAAGACAGCAGCGCAAGCGAGGCAGAUGUUCCCAUUGACGUGGAAACAGUGACGCCCACGCCAGUGCCCCUCUACGACAACCAGAAAGCCCGCACUGUGAUGAAUGAGUGUGAGCGCCACGUGAUUUUUGCCCGCACAGAUACUGAUACGCCGCCUCCGCCUGAAGACUGGGAGGAGCAUAUGAACAGGUCAGGCUGGACAGUAGCCCAGAACAAGCUGUUCAAUAAAAUCCUCAAAGCUUUGCAGUCUGACAGGCUGGCCCGGCUAGCCAACGAAGGGGCUUGCAACGAGCCAGUGCUGAGGAGGAUAGCAGUGGACAAAUGUGCUCGGCGGGUCCGCCAGGCGCUGGCGAGCAUCAGCUGGGAGACCAAGCUGAUCCAGUGGCUUCACUCCACUCUGGUGGAGACCCUGAGUCUGCCCAUGCUGGCUGCUUACUUGGAUGCCCUGCAGACCCUGAAAGGAAAAAUUCCCACCCUGAUCGAUCGGAUGCUGUUGUCUUCUACUGCAAAGACGGGAGCAGCAGGCGCUGAGGCGCUGUCCCUCUUACUGAAGAGACCAUGGGAUCCAGCAGUGGGUGUCCUUUCACAUAACAGACCUAGCAAGUUGCCGGGUUCUCCGCUCAUCCUCUUGGCAUCUUCCGGACCAUCCAACUCCAUGUUCCCCACAUCUCGCCGUCAUCGGUUCUGGCAGUCACAGCUUUCAUGCUUGGGAAAGGUGAUCCCAGUCGCCACUCACCUGGUGAAUAACGGUAGCGGCGUUGGAGUGUUGCAGUGCCUGGAACACAUGAUUGGUGCCGUGAGAGGCAAAGUCCUGGAGAUCCACAACCAUUUCUCCCACAAGCCCAUCAUCCUGAUUGGCUGGAACACAGGGGCUUUGGUGGCCUGUCACGUUUCGGUGAUGGAGGACGUCACUGCAGUUGUGUGCCUUGGAUUCCCUCUCUUAACCGUGGAUGGGCCCCGAGGGGAUGUUGACGACCCGCUUCUGGACAUGAAGACUCCAGUUCUUUUUGUGAUUGGUCAGAACUCCCUCCAGUGCAACAGUGAAGCAAUGGAAGAUUUCCGAGAGAAGCUGCGGGCUGAAAACAGCCUAGUUGUGGUUGGAGGAGCUGACGAUAACCUCAGGAUAAGCAAAGCCAAAAAGAAGUCGGAAGGCCUGACCCAGAGUAUGGUGGACAGGUGCAUACAGGAUGAAAUUGCUGACUUCCUGACCGGAGUGCUCACCCGAGCAGACAGUCACUCAGGUUCUGACCCUCGAGAUCUUGACGCUGAGAAGAAGAAGAAAGCUCGUGACUUGGCCCGAAGGGAUCUGUCCUUUGACAUGCCAGAGAGAAGCAGCCGGCCUGCCUCCCCUGCCACUAAAGUCCCAGCUUCACCUUCGGGGUCAGAGGAUCUCUCCAGCGUGUCCAGCAGCCCCACCUCCAGCCCCAAGGCUAAAAUCACCACUGUGUCGUCGUCUGUCCAGAAAUCCAGCCAGGCUGGUGUUGCCCAGCUGCUGAAGAGGCCUGUGCAGCGGACGGAAGCGCUGCUAACGCACAAGCAGGCUCAAGCUCAGUUUGCUGCAUUUCUGAAACAAAACAUGCUGGUGAGGAAAUCUCUUCCUCCUGGCACCUCUUCGUGCCUCUUUGUUUCCUCAGAGCAGCAGCAGCAGCAGCUGGAUGCAGGGGAAAAAGAAGAGCUGCGAAUGCAGCUGAAGAGGCCCCAGGCCCCCAGCCCAACUCACUGCAGCAAAGCCUCCAAGCGAGCCAAAAUCAAGGUGACCAUCGUCUCCCAUGGAGAAGCUGCUGGCACAGGGAAUGGAGCACCCUUGGAGGCGCCCCCGGAAAUUGCUGCAGGGAAGCCUCUUGCUGUGACCUUGGGACAGUCUGCUUUGGGUGCAAAGGAGGUGACGGGAUUGCUUGCCACUUCCAAGCCCAGUUCCACGGCAGACAGCCCCUCUCUCAGUCCCACCCCCUCCGCCACCAUCCCCAGCAGCACAGGCCCGAGUGCUUUCCACGCUCUGCAGAACAGACUGGUGGCCAGCGGCACACACUGCAUCCAGGCCCAGCCCAGCAACACGCUCCAAGGGGCAGCUUCAGCCAGCAGCCUCUUGCAGGGCUUGAGCUUCAGUCUGCAGGACAUUGGGACAAAGCCAGCCGCUCUUCCCGCCACGGUUGCUACUGCAGGCCCUUCUGUGCAGGCCUCGGCCUUGAAGACCUCCGCACCGCUCCAGAACCUGGGCGCCAUCACCACCAGCACAGGGACCAUUGUCCGCACCAUCCCGGUGGCCACCUCUUUAUCGUCUCUUGGGGCCACAGCAAGUGGGAAGCCCACCACUAUUCACCAGCUGCUCACCAAUGGAGGGCUGGCAAAACUCGCAAGUAGCCUUCCUGGCUUGGCUCACCUCUCCAGCCAGGGGGCAGGCCUGAAGGCUCCAACUACCAUCACAGUCACCCUGCGAGGGCAAGCCAGCCGCGUCACCGCCCUGAGCCAGGCAACCGCAGGGGCUGCCCAGCCCCCCAUGGAAGAGCCCCGGCAGCAGCAGCUGCUGCUGACCCCCCCACAGCCACCCCAGGCUCCAGACAAUGCAACUGGGAGCUUGGCCAGCCCAGCCUGCAGUUCUGUUCCUCCCAGCAAGCUUCUGUCUCAGGUGGAACUUGGCAAAGCCCAGGCUGGCCUAGAGAUGCCCCCUGCAGACCUAGCGGCUCAACUGACCUCAGCAGCAGCACCUGUAGUGACCACCACAAGCCCCAUGAAGACCCUGUAUGUGAUGUCCGAUGCCAAGCUGUCUGCACUCACAAAAUCUGUCAUGGGAGAGGCCACUUCUGUCCCUCUGAAGCCCACAGCCAUCCAGACUGGGGCUGCUGCUGCUGCUGCCUCCUCUGCUGCCUCCCUUGGAGCUGUGACCUUUGCCAGCACUCCCAGCCCACCCUGCAGCCUGGUGCAUUCCAAAGUUGGACCCGUUUUGCAGACGACAUCUAAGACCGUGAUUCUGACCUCCACACUAACAGCCAUGAAGGGUGACCGGGCCCUAGGACAGAGGGGAGAGAAGGUUAAUCUGACGAAAGGCCACGCAGUUGGGGCAAUGGAGACCCUGGGCAGGGUGCCUUCUGUCAUGGACGACAGCAGCACCAUCCUCCACACGAGAGAGGCUCUUGCUAACAGGCACUUGCUUCCACAGGGCAUGUUGCCUGCUGCAGCUGGCACCACCCUGAUCACUUUGGGCAGUAACCUGGCCAGCCCCUCCAUCAUAACCACAGCUGGGCCUGCCCUUGGCCAAAAGCCGUAGUGCUGAUUCACUGUUAACUGGAGUUGGCCUUUGCUAGGGAAUACAACAUUCCCUUUGGGAACUGGGAUAUUGUUCCCUCAUUCCUAUCCUCCAUACUGAGGAUACUUUGUUUUGUUCCUUUGUCACUUUUAAUAAACUUUUUGUGUAUGUAA